AUGGAUCUUCGAGAAUUUGUGGUAGAGGUCAGGCGGGUGAAUGAUAGAUUAAUGACUAUCAAGUUAGUGGUCGGAGAGUACGCCAUCAAUGUCGUUAGCACUUACACGCCGCAAUCGGGCUUGGAUGAGGAGGUUAAAAGGCGCUUUUGUGAGGGAUUGGAUGAGAUUGUACGUGGUUUUUCGCCUCCUGAGAGGUUAUUUAUGAGAGAGGAUUUCAAUGGUCAUAUUGGGUCGACGCUGGCGGCUAUGGCGAGGUGCAUGGCUGCUUUGGUUUUGGGGAUAGAAAUGGAGGAGAUUGAUCAUCUCCUCUUCAGGAGGUAUGAUAGAGGGUUGUGCAAGGAUUGCAAGGUUAUACUAGGUGAGACUCUCGCGACGCAGCAUAAGCUCUUGGUGAUGGACGUCGGUAUCAUGAUAAAGAGGAAGAAAAGGUUUGUACGAGGUCAAUCGAGGAUCAGGUGGGGAGCCUUGACUAAUGAUAAAGCCCAGGAGUUGGAAGGGAGGUUAUCGAUAUGGGAUCCUGGAAGAGUAGUGGGGACGCGAGCGCUAUGUGGACGACGACGGUGA